GUCGCGCCUCCCAGCAGCAGCAUUCCAUGCCCAGCAAUUGAGCAGCCCAUCUUCGUCCAAUUUACCGUGGUACACAUUAUACGCCUUUGAACAGGCGAACCGCACUUCUUCUUUCUUUAUUGCCAUAUGUGCUCGAGUUAUCCCCAGACGGAUUCAGAAUCGAUGGUGCCUCUGCAAUCCUGAAAGAGAUAUUAGUUCUUCGUCCCGGCAACUGACCAUGGAUCCUUCCAAUUCUCAAUCCUCUGCCGACGCGCCUGUCGCGCGCACCAAGGCGCGCACCGAAAGCCUGUCGCAGAAGUCGGACGACUCGCAGACUGCUGCCGACUUCCUCCGGGAUCAGAUGCAGCUCGAGGCCGAGGCCCGCGAAGCCUUGCCUUACAGCAUCGAACAUUGCACCAAGCCCCUGGGCCCUCUCCGACAAAGCGUCUUCGCCUGCUUAACCUGCAACCCCCCGCCUGCGAACCCCUCGGAUCCUUACAACAACCCGGCGGGCGUUUGCUAUGCCUGCUCCGUCCAAUGCCACGGCGAGCACGCCCUGGUCGAGAUCUUCACCAAGCGGAAUUUCACUUGCGACUGCGGCACCACGCGCUUCCCCAAAACCAGCCCGUGCAACCUGCGCAUCAACCCAGAAACAAACACCAAGGGCGGGGUCCACUCAGAGGAGCCCAGUCCCAACAACAAGUACAACCAAAACUUUCGAAACCGAUUCUGCGGUUGCGAGUGCGAUUACGAUCCGUUUCAGCAAAAGGGUACCAUGUUCCAGUGCUUGGGGCUGGGAACCCACGAGACGGGCGGCUGCGGCGAGGACUGGUGGCACCCCGGUUGCGUGGUUGGCCUGGGCCCAAAGUGGUAUGAGAAUAUGGCGACAGAGAAGGUGAAGCCGGAGGCCAAGGACACAGAUGGUCCGCUUCCUACGACCACGGAGGAUGCCCAGACUGCGGACCGGAACGGUGCCGCAACGGGCGACGAGGCGGAGGAGGAAGACGACGACCCCCCACCUCCGCCGGGCUUUCCAGCCGAGGAUGAGUUCGAAAGCUUCCUCUGCUACAAAUGCGUCGAGGCCCACCCUUGGAUCAAGCGAUACGCCGGCAACCCCGGUUUCCUAGCGCCCGUCUACUUCAAGCAAGGGGGGGAGGCGGGUCAGGAGGAACCCACCCCGGCUGCCGCUCCGGCGGCCACCAAUGGCGAUCUGAACCGCGACUCCAAGAAGCGCAAAGCCGAGGACGGCGACGCCGAGUCUCAAACAUCAAAGCGCCCCAAGAGUGAAGUCGAUACGGCCGAGCCCGCAGGAGCAGCUGCAUCCACCACCCCAACAUCCUCCACCACAACCCCAACCGACGCCAAUACCGACGCCAAAUCGGACGCCAAAAGGGAAGCGACCCCGACCUGCAAGCUCGCCUCCCUUCCCCCGCCACCCCAGACCGACACCCCCUUCUCCCUCUUCCUCACCUCCGACUUCCGCGACCACCUCUGCCACUGCGCCUCCUGCUUCCCCCUCCUGGCGCCGCACCCGCAGCUGCUCGAGGAGGAAGAGACGUACGAGCCGCCCGUCUCGGAGGACGGCGACGGCGACGGCGACGGCGCCGGCGGCGGGUCGCAGGGGGCGGACGGCGGCUCGACCAGCAACGGCGGCGGCAGCCUCUACGACCGCGGCGAGUCGGCCCUGCGCAACAUCGACCGCGUGCGCGCCAUCGAGGGCGUCAUGGCCUACCAGCACCUCAAGGACAAGCUCAUGCCCUUCUUCCAGCAGUUCGCCGAGAGCAAGCAGGUCAUCAGCGCCGAGGACGUCAAGGAGUACUUUGCCAAGCUGAGGGGCGAUGACCAAGCCAUCAGGGAGGCCGGGGAGAGGGUCGGGAGGGAAGGCGGUGGCGGUGGCAGUGGCAGCGGUGAUGAUGGUGGUGGUGGUGGCGCUGGGGGGGAAGAUACGAGGAGGGAGCAGAGCGGGUAUUGAAGCUUGGUUGUGCGAUGAAACUUGGCUUUCGUUUAUCUUGUUCGCUUUCUUUUUAGCUUGGCUCGGGUUGGAUUCGGUCCCGUUCUGGGUUCGGGAAACUGCGUUUGCUUGCGGGCCGCGUUCGGAUGAAGGAGGUGAGGGCGUCUGCGUCUGGCUAUUGUUGUCUCUCACCGCAUACGAUUUGCUGGUUACUCUGGGGCGGAACUUAUCUUCUUGAUGAUGACGAUGAUGAUGAUGAUGGUGCUCUGGAGCUCACAAUUGUGUCUGUGUAUGUAUGUAUGAUCACAUCUGAACGAGCUUGUCAUCCAGGGCAGUAUUCUUCUACCCCCCGCCAGAAGACAUGAAUGCCUGCAUCUGUCGUUUACUCCGUCGUCGCUAGGAAAUAUUGACUUGCCAUGUGCAGAUUUUCACGGCAGGUCUCGAGUGUAGGACACUCGGAUGUGAUUUAACCCUCG